AUGGGCAAGGAGAAAUCCCACAUCAACAUUGUGGUUAUUGGCCAUGUCGACUCUGGCAAGUCGACUACCACUGGCCACCUGAUCUACAAGCUUGGAGGCGUUGACAAGCGUGUCAUCGAGAGGUUCGAGAAACAGGCUGCUGAAAUGAACAAGCGGUCCUUCAAGUACGCCUGGGUGCUCGACAAGCUCAAGGCUGAGCGUGAGAGAGGCAUCACUAUUGAUAUCGCUCUGUGGAAGUUCGAGACCACCAAGUACUACUGUACGAUCAUUGAUGCCCCUGGACACCGUGACUUCAUCAAGAACAUGAUCACUGGUACCUCCCAGGCUGACUGUGCUGUUCUUAUCAUUGACUCCACCACUGGUGGCUUUGAGGCUGGUAUCUCCAAGGAUGGCCAGACCCGUGAGCAUGCUCUCCUUGCUUUCACUCUUGGAGUGAAGCAGAUGAUUUGCUGCUGCAACAAGAUGGAUGCAACCACUCCGAAAUACUCCAAGGCACGUUAUGAUGAGAUUGUGAAGGAAGUCUCAUCCUACCUCAAGAAAAGUUGGAUACAACCCUGAUAAGAUCGCCUUUGUCUCCAUCUCUGGUUU